UCACGUGGUGUGUAGCCACGUGACUAAACCCGGAAGUGCUGUUCGAUAUUCCCGCACUGUUGACGUCUGUGCUGUUCUGAAAUCUGAUCCUCGGUUUUUAUUUCUUCCAUUCCUGCAUUUUUAAAUGGCGAUACAAUAAGAUUAUCUUUUAUUAUUAUUAUUGUUUAGAGGUUUUUAAUCUGCAUUAACAUUUGCAACGCGUUUGCAUGGCAACCUCUCUAUCAAAACAACAGCAUCCGGCACGAGAGGAGGAGGAGGAGGACACGGAGAAGGAAAGACUGCUGACAUCUGUGACCUUUGACCAAAGUCCUGUUGACCUCUGUGAUGGAGGUCACGGCAACCGACCUUCUCUGGACCUUCAGGGAUCGUCUCUUCGGAAAGAGGUGGACGAGGAAGACCUGGCGGAGGAAGAGGCUCUGCGGAGGAAGAUGAAGUACUUCUUCAUGAGCCCGUGCGACAAGUACCACGCCAAGGGACGCAAACCGUACAAGCUGGUGCUGCAGAUGCUGAAGAUCAUCAUCAUCACUGUGCAGUUGGUGCUGUUUGGUUUGAGCAAUCAGAUGGUGGUGAUGUUUAAGGAAGAGAACACCGACUCGUUCAGGCAUCUCUUCCUGCAGGAUUAUCAGGACGAGGCGGACGGGUUUGCUGUACACACACAGACCGACGUCUAUCAACACAUCAACUACGCCAUAGAGCAGUAUCUGACUCUUCCUCAGACCGCAGUGGGUCGCUAUGCGUACGUGUUGGGUGGGGGAGUGAACGAUAGCGCUCUCUCUCUGUGUCAGCGCUUCUAUAAGAAAGGCAGCAUCGACCCAGUCAAUGACACCUUCAUCAUCGACCCUCACAUCAUCAUCGACUGUAUAGGUGUUGAUCCUCCCACAGACCCUUUAGCUCCUCUCCCUGAACACUACAAGAACUUCACCCUCAAAUUCCACAAGCUGAUCAACGUGACCAUCGAGUUUAAACUGAAGGCCAUAAAUAUCCAGACGAUCAUCAACAACGAGAUUCCAGACUGUUACACCUUCUCCAUCACCAUCCUCUUUGAUAACAGAGCCCACAGUGGAAAAGUGAAGAUCAGUCUGCAUAACCAGGCCGUCAUCAGAGAGUGCAGGGAUCCCAGUGUGUCUGGACACAAGGAAAAUCAUAUGCGGGUGGCAUUUGACGUGUUGGUGGCGGUGGUUUGCGGCCUUUCCCUGGCGCUUUGUGGACGAUCCAUCAUCCGAGGAAUCAUCCUGCAAAAUGAGUUUGUACACUACUUCAGGCAGUCUCUGGCCCGGAGAGUGUGUUGGGGAGACCGACUGGAGUUCAUUAACGGCUGGUAUUUGCUCCUCAUCAUCAGUGACAUUCUCACCAUCAUCGCCUCCUUCAUCAAGAUUGGCAUCGAGACCAAGAAUAUGGCUUCCUAUGAUUUGUGUGGGAUCCUGAUGGGCACAUCCACGCUCCUGGUCUGGGUGGGAGUGAUCCGCUACCUCAGCUUCUUCCAGAAAUACAAUAUCCUGAUCGUGACCCUGAGAGCUGCAUUUCCGAACGUCAUCCGCUUCUGCUGCUGCGCUGCUGCCAUCUAUAUGGGCUACUGCUUCUGUGGCUGGAUCGUCCUGGGACCUUACCAUGCAAAAUUCCGUUCCCUGUCCACGGUGUCGGAAUGUCUGUUCUCGCUGAUAAACGGAGACGACAUGUUCGCCACGUUCUCGGAGGUGGAACGCAGCAGCACGCUGGUGUGGCUCUUCAGUCAGCUCUACCUCUACACCUUCAUCUCGCUCUUCAUCUACAUGGUGCUGUCGCUCUUCAUCGCCCUCAUCACCGGCGCCUACGACACCAUCACUCAACAAGCCCAGGAGGCUCCUCAUGUAUCCGACCUGCACAUGUUCAUCUCUCAGUGCAUGGACACGCCCACCUCGGGAAAGUUCCAGAGCCCGGACCCCCCGGAGUCCUGUUCACUGUUCUGCUGCUUUAACUAGAUAGGGAAGUAUGUGUGUGUGUGUGUGUGUGUGUGUGUGUGUGUGGUGUUUUACUUCCUGUUUGUAAAAUUUGCUUGCUGUUCUCUUAAAAGUUUCUUUACAGCUACUGUUCAGCAGGAUCGUGUUUCUGGGUCGAAAAAAGGGUGGAGCUUAGGUUUAUCAGCCAAUCACAAACCUUGAUCACAUGACAUCAGUACAAUAGUUAACUAGCUUACUAGCGGGGUCACUGUUAGCAUGCUAGUGGUCUUGUACAUGCAAUAGAUAUCGUCUACGGCUGGAGAGAUUAACAGAGCCUUAACAUAAACUAACAAUAAGCUGGUUAGCGUUGUGUUUAGCUUGGCUUAGCUAAUACUCUUCUGUUUGAAAACGUAAAUUAAGCUCCACCCCUUUUGAUCCGGAGACUCUCGCGUCUCAUGAUACAAACCUCUUCUCACACACACGUCCUUUUUUUAAUGCAACAGAAACUUGUUAAUAAUAUUCAGUAUUUUCAUUUGUUCAUUCUUAGUAAUUACCCGGUCAGGGUACGCUGUGGUUCAGCACACGCCACAAACACAGGUUUGUUUAUAUUUUAAGGAAUGUAUUUAUAGGCCACACCCACUUUCGAUCCAAGUUCAGCGGCAUUGUGUUACAAAGUAACAAUCGGCAUCCCUCACACAGAAAACCUCCGCCAUCCUUAUUCACAGUUGGCUCACCGCUCUGUUCAUUCUUGUCUUUCAUUUCGUCCCUGUGUGUGUGUGUGUGUGUGUGUGUGUGUGUGUGUGUGUACGAGAGUGAAUAGGAAGAGCGUAUAGCCCGCAGCUUCGCCAAGGCAUCAAUAUUUAUAUGCAGGAGCCGAGCGCGUGUUUAAUGGAGACUCAGUCGGAGUUUGGCUCCGCUGGCCUUUUCAUCCACCACGUCCCUGCCGAGAGGGAGAAAGAGAGAGAAAGAGAGGGAGUGACUUCACCCGUCGGGUGGGGGAUGUUAUUAUCCAUGUGGUCAUUCUCUCUUUCUCUCUUUCCUUUCUUUCUUUCGUUCUGUCUUUCUUACUCGUGUAUUUCCAGUCAGCCUAUGCUUUGAGCAUCUUCUCCGAUGCUGCAGAAGGAGUGAAGUCGGACGCAUUUUUCACGUGCGUCAGCUUUGCUUAAUGUACUGGAUUCAAUUCAAAAAGCACAUUAAGGGACAAUAAUGAAAAGGACGCAUAGUGUAAAAAAAAAAAAACCCAGAGGCUCCCGGAGGGCCUCUGUUUCAGAUCAGUAAACAAGUUUUUGCGUUUAUUUUUCCAAACGAUUCAAAAUGAAACGUCUGUGAUUUAAAGUUUUACGUCUCAAAUACGUCUAUAUUAAAUACUUAUGAAUUCGUACUAAUUUCUGGCAUUACACUCUAGGCCACGCCCCUUAGCCGAGUCUGUUGUAGUAAAAGACUAGACGGUUACGCUACCGCGGCGACCCCGUGGCCACACGAGCCUGUGCUGUUUUAAAGGUGAAAAUGGAGAAAGAAAACGGGUUUAUACUCAUGAAACAGCGCCCCUAGAGGACAAAAUUGGCAGAUCGGCGAUACUGAGGUUUGAACCUCUUGACCUUCCGAUCAGUAAACCAGAGCCACAACUUCUUUAGAUGUGAUACAGCUGAAAGGUUUAAAGUGGUAAAGCGCAGUGGUUACGGUUAAAGCCCUUAAUCCUCUGCGCUCCAGGGGUGCUGUAUGCAGGCUUUUCAUACUCGUUCCUUCCAUUCAGGAGUCAUUUCAGAUGCAACCUUCUUAUCAAGAAGCUUUAAUUUGAUCCAAAAUUAAAAUAUAACACGAUUAUUUGGCUUUUCUUUUUUAAUGGUACCUUCCUUUCUGAAGGGGGUUGUCUUGACCAACACUAGCCUCUCGGUGCUUGGGCCCCGUAAAUCGCUUCUUAAACGUACAUUAAUUUGCAGUUCUUUUGUAAUGACGUUUCUAACACUAUUUGUUUAGCUUCCAAGAUUUUCCGGGAGCGUUCUCCAUUACAAAAAAACGAUGACGUGGCAUUUCCGAAUUUUAUUUAUUUAUUUAUUUUCCAUCAUAUUCUAUGAUCUGUGUCAUAACGUCUCAGUGCAGUGUUUCAGCACAGCUACGUCUUCAUCUCGCCUCGCACAUUUCUUUUUUUCCCCCCUCCCUCUAUCUCGGGGUUUGAAGUGUAAAUUGCAGGUUCAGGUACAAGACGUUGGUGGGGUUUGUUUUGUUUUUCCUGAGGGAUGACGAUCCGUCUGGAGCGCAGCAGACAAGCACGUGGUUCGCUGUCUGCAUCUGCACGCACAUGAAAGGAGAUAAAAAAGGGGAAAAGCCGGGAAACAAAAGGCGAGAACGGAGGCAGACGUGAUACCGUGAAUCUCUCAAAUGAUCCACCCUGAUUCUGAGGCAGCUGCAGAUGUGAACAUACAGUCAGAAAUCAGGGGGUUACACACGUCUGGCACGUUUACAUCUGUUUGCACGUUUAGCUUCUAUUUUAUUCGCUUUUGGAAUGUUCGAAUAUUAAUGUACCUGGGUUUUUUAUUCCUAAAUAUGUAAUGUGAACUGACUACAGUGUGUGUGUGUGUGUGUGUGUGUGUGUGUGUGUGUGUGUGUGAUUGAGACACUAAAAAGUGAAUGUGAAUGUAUCCCAUUUGUUUUUGGUUUUUUUAUGUAUUUAUUUAUUCAGAUUUACCUUGAAAUGUAUUUUAUAUUUUUCAUGUGUGCUUUUAAUUUUCCGUUUUUAGGCCAAGAAAAUCUGAAAAGAAUAAGCUCUAUAAAUAAAUCAGUUCGACAUGUUCACACUAUGCCUCGAUGUCUGGAUCCGUGAUUGCGUUCUUUUGUGCUUUAAAUCCUUUUUAUGAUUAAAAAAAAUAAAGAAAUGUCGUCUCUUUGUGCAUGUUGAAGAGACCAGACCAGA